GUUUUUUGUAAAUAUUUUACGUUAUUGAAAAAAUAUAUAGACAAUGAAAUAACACAGGCCCAAGUUUAAUUUUCACUUUUUCACCUCCAUUAUAACUCAUAGUUUUAGUUAAUAAUGUCCCCCUAGCUGUAGAAUACUGACUCUAGUAGCUGAACAUGUAAAGAGAAGGUGAGGGUGGACCGCCUAUUCGUUGUGACGCAACCCAGGGUCCUGGCCGGAGCGCAACUUCAGGCUCCAAACUGGCACUCAGGCUUCUAGCGCUUAAUGCUUCCACUACGCCCUCCCUAAGAGACCGUUGUCCCGUUAAUGUGGUCCUCCAGGGCUCCACAGGUGAACACAAGGGUCACACCACAUCCAGCCGGAGCAGGGAGGGGGGGGGAUGACUGAAAGAAGUUGGAUGAGCCAGAAAAUCCGGCGGUUCUGACGGUGCUGUUCCUCCUACGACAAGAUGAUGUCUGCUAUAGAGACCGGUGCCCCUGUGUACCAACCUGCGCAGCUGCUCAACUGGGUCUACAUGUCAUUGCAGGACACCCAGAGCAGCGCUUUUGAUGCGUUCAAAGCCGAGUCGGACACCUCUCUUCAGGACAUGAACAAUUCCAAGCGCAGCGCAGCUGAUCUGAGCUCCAACUAUCUCAACAACUUCUUUCAUCUGAGGAGUGAGGCCUUGAACAACAAUUUCUACAAAAGCUCCUCGCCUUACGGGUCCCUCAACAAUAUCGUGGACGGCCUGAGCUCUCUGGCAGACCAUUUCUCAGACCUCUCCCUGUCCCCUGAGACACGCAAGCCCAGCAAACGGCCGCCGCCCAACUACCUGUGCCACCUUUGCUUCAACAAAGGACACUACAUCAAAGACUGCCCUCAGGCUCGACCCAAAGGCGAAGGCCUCACCCCGUAUCAAGGAAAGAAGAGGUGUUUCGGAGAAUACAAAUGCCCUAAAUGCAAGAGGAAGUGGAUGAGCGGGAACUCCUGGGCCAACAUGGGGCAAGAAUGUAUCAAGUGCCACAUCAAUGUUUACCCUCAUAAGCAGCGACCUCUGGAGAAACCGGAUGGGUUGGAUGUGUCAGACCAGAGCAAGGAGCAUCCACAACACCUGUGUGAAAAAUGCAAAGUCCUCGGCUACUACUGCCGCCGCGUGCAAUAACACAUUCUGACGCUCAUCUUCCUUCCUUCCUUUUAUCGAAAAGGGACGGUGACAUUUUAACGUCUAAAAACACAUGGUAAUAUACUUUACUGUACUGUAAUGCAUCUAACAUUUAAUUCUUAUGAAAUAUUCUCUCUGACACUGUGACUCUCAGUGUUAAGAGGCUCACUGUGGUGGAAGUUUUCUACAGUAUCUCUCAGCGGAGACAAGUACAUUGCAUUUGCUGGGGUGCUUGCGAGUUACUCAGUUAUCAUUAUGUGAAUAUUCAAUUUAAGUCUUAACUAUGAACCAAGAAUCUUACCAACUGUGAAUUAAGAAACUUUAGCUCUGUGUCUGUGUCACUCAUGUCCAACACAUUGGAAUAAAACUCAUGAGUGAGGUUUCCAGAUGAAGAUUCUCUUUUACAUGUUUGUAUAUUCUAGAAAUAACUUAAAUGAUGUUUUCUGUAUAAAAUAUGCAACAAGUCUUUACUUAGAAGGAUAUGCAGUAUUGAUGUGUAUCUGCAUUAUUAUCUGUAUUAUCAGUACUGGAGGGUACAUAAUUUUUGAAUAUAUUUUUAAGCCAUUACUGUUUUGUUGAUUAUUACACUUCAUGAAGGAAUAUAUUUGCCAACUAACAUUUAUUCUUUAUAUACUAUGUGCCUGCAAUUAUUUGUGAAAACACCUUUUGAGGUAGGGUUUUUUUUAUUCCAAAGUUGUAAACCAAUGCCAUAUGGUGGAAACGUUUUAUUUCCUGACAAAUGAAUUUAAUUAUAGCACACUUUAAUUUUGGCACCCAGUGCUGAGAAAGACUCACCAAGUGCUUUUUUUAUGGGUCAUAGGUUGGGAUGUCUCAUGUGCUACAUGAGACAAAACAGGAAUAAAAAUCUAAAUGUACCAAAGAUAAUGAAGGAUUAAGUGGAAGAUAGCAUGUGCAUGUUGCUUUAGAGGGUUUUUGUAUUUUACUGAAAUUGUGAUAGUAAAUAAUUAUAUGGGAGAGAAAUAUCCUAUGAUUUUUAACUGUUUAAAGUGUGUGACACGCCAUUUAAUGUGCCUUAAGUUUGAGUAACCCAUGAGAUGGAUCUCUUGAUCUCUUAAAAUGUUUUUAUAUUAAAAUGCAUUUAAACGUCA